AUGUCCACAAGGCGCGAUCUAUGCCACACUGGCUACACUCGGAGCUCAGGCUUCUGUAUGUCACAGUGCUUAUGCCUGUGGUUCCUGGAAAGAUUGGAGUCCAGUCCUCCUAAGGCAGGCUUCCCUGAGGACCAGGCAUUAGAAGAACUUGCUGCUGUACCUGUACCGGAAAAGGAAAACAACAGAAGCCCUGAAGUGAAAUUGAGUAACAGCUUGAAAAUUCCUUUCAGCAAAAACAAAAGCCAUUGUGGUGGAAUUAUUUCAGCUUUGCACUUGACAACUGGAGAGACCAGAAUUCCUUAUUAA